UUGCUUCCGGCCGCUCAGUGCGCAGGCGCAGAGUUCGAACCAAGAUGGCUGCCCCCGUGGACCUGGAGUUGAAGAAGGCUUUCACAGAACUACAAGCCAAAGUUAUUGAUACUCAGCAGAAGGUGAAGCUUGCAGAUAUACAGAUCGAACAGCUAAAUAGAACAAAAAAGCAUGCACAUCUUACAGAUACAGAAAUUAUGACUUUGGUAGAUGAGACUCACAUGUAUGAAGGUGUAGGGAGAAUGUUUAUUCUUCAGUCCAAGGAAGUAAUUCACAACCAGCUGUUAGAAAAACAGAAGAUAGCAGAAGAAAAAAUUAAGGAACUGGAACAGAGAAAAUCAUACCUCGAGCGCAGUGUGAAGGAUGCAGAGGACAACAUUCGGGAAAUGCUGAUGGCCAGAAGGGCGCAGUAAAAAGUACCUCGAGAAAACCUUUAUUCGACCCCCUUUCUCUGCUCCCGUUGGGUGGGACAGAGCAGCAGACUCUGGUGUGCUUUAACCUGGAGGAUGUUUUGGAAACUCUUGCUUUUAUUUGGACCAUUGGUAGGCUGCUGCCUUCACCUUAGCGGCCUCCUGCACCUCUGGCUGAGCCAACUUCGAUCCUUGGUCUGGGGCUUGAUCAUGACCUGCUGAGGGUGAGAGGAGGAGAGCCCUGGGCAAAGGAGGUAUCCCCUGCCCAAUGACUCCAAUGUUGCCAUUUUUUGUUAAAAAAAAUAAAAGGUAUCCCUCCCCUUCUU